AUGAGAAGAAGUUGCGAUCUUCUCAUUGCUCUUGCGGUUUUCAUUCUGCUCCAUACUUCACUAUCUACUAUUCCCAAUAUUAGUACUGAUGAAGCUGCUCUUCUUGCCUUCAAAUCGCACAUUUCUUCUUUUGAUCCUAACAAUAUCUUAGCAGCCAACUGGUCUUCUUCCAGACCAGUUUGCAGCUGGAUUGGCAUCACUUGUACCUCCCAACACCAUAGAGUUGAAGCUUUAGACAUUUCUAACAUGCAACUUUAUGGUACCAUUCCUCCACACCUUGGAAACCUCUCAUUUCUCAGGUUGAAACUGAUCUUGGUCAGAAGUAAUAACUUUACUGGUGCCAUUCCAACAUUUCUAAGUCUGUUACCAAAUCUUCGCAUCGUGCAUCUUUCGAGUAACCAAUUUUUCGGUGAAAUCCCAUCUUCCCUUUCCAAUAUAACACAGCUGCAAGUGUUGGAUAUAUCCAAAAAAUUUCUUGAAGGAGAGAUCCCUCAAGAACUCGGUGAUCUUCAUCACAUGACUUUGUUCAAUCUGGAAAAUAACCAGCUUACUGGCUCUAUACCACCAUCAAUCUUUAACAUUACAACAAUGAAAAAGAUUGGUCUCACCUACAAUAAUCUUACGGGUAAGCUUCCAGCAACUAUAUGUGACCAUCUUCCAAACUUGGAAGAGCUUCACCUCUCAGCCAAUCACAUACAUGGCGUUAUUCCACCAAACAUAGGAAAAUGCAGAAAGCUCCAAAUCUUGUCAUUAUCUAGAAAUGAGCUCACUGGAACUGCACCAAGAGAGAUAGGCAAUUUAACGGCACUUACAAGCUUAUACCUUGGAACUCUGCAUCUGGAAGGAGAGAUUCCAGCAAGUAUUUCUAACAUGUCAGAACUGCAGAACCUAGGAUUUGCAAGAAACAGGCUUUCAGGAGAGAUACCAAUGGAACUAGGUUAUCUUCAGAAACUACUGUUUCUGUCAUUAGACACAAAUGAGUUGACUGGUUCUAUCCCUGCAAGCAUUUUCAACAUGUCAGCACUGCAGAUCUUAGGAAUUGCAGAAAACAGGCUUUCAGGUACUCUACCUUCAGAUUUAGGUCGUGGAAUGCCCAACCUAGACGGAUUCUAUUGUUAUCAGAAUAGUUUGAGUGGUUUUCUCCCUGCUUCUAUCUCAAAUUUUUCAAGACUCAGAGUACUUGAACUCUCUUAUAACAGUUUCACAGGCCCAAUUCCUGAAUCAAUUAGUGACUUAGAAUACAUUGAGGUUUUGAACUUAGGGGCGAAUAAUUUUGUCAGCAAUUCAGCAUUGAGCUUCUUGACAUCUUUGGCAAACUGUAGGAAACUGAAAGAAAUCACUUUUGCCGAGAAUCCCUUGGACGGUUUUUUGCCUGCCUCCAUUGGAAAUUUCUCUGAUUCUCUGCAAAUUUUCCAAGGAUGGUAUUGUAAACUGAAAGGCUUCAUUCCCGGAGAAAUUGGCAAUCUUACCGGUGUGAUAAAGAUGGAUUUGUCACAAAAUGAGUUGACUGAAUAUAUUCCAAAAUCCAUCCAAGGCUUGUCGAACCUUCAAGAACUUAACUUAGGUGGCAACAUGAUAAAAGGAAUCAUACCAGAUGUUAUCUGCAAUUUAUAUAAUCUUGGAGCAUUAAAUUUGUCAGGAAAUCAAGUUUUUGGUUCCAUACCACCAUGCUUAGGGAACAUUACCAGUUUGAGGUAUCUUUAUCUAGCUAACAACGGGCUGAAUUUGAGCUUACCUUCAAGCUUGUGGACUCUUCAAGAUCUCAUAGAAUUCAAUGUUUCGUCCAAUUUAUUAAGUGGGAAAGUUUCUAUGGAGAUUGGAAAUUUAAAGGUUGCAACACUAGUUGAUCUGUCAAAAAAUGAUUUUAGUGGUAAGAUCCCUAGCACGCUAGGGGCUCUGGAUAGAUUGAUGAAAUUUUCUCUAGCACAUAAUAAAUUAGAUGGGCCUAUUCCAAAUUCAUUUGGCAAAAUGCUGGCCUUAGAAUUCUUGGAUUUGAGCAAUAACAAUCUUAGUGGUGAAAUUCCAAAGUCAUUAGAAGCUCUCGUGUAUCUCAAAUACUUGAACUUCUCAUUUAAUGAACUCAGUGGAAAGAUUCCCACAG